AUGGCGGACGAGGUGGAGCAGCAACAAACCACAAAUACUGUAGAAGAGCCCUUGGAUCUCAUCAAGCUUAGUCUUGAUGAACGAAUUGAUGAAAAAAUGAGAAAUGACCGAAAACAUCGAGGUAGAUUAUUUGAUUGUUACCAGCACUUAAAUAAGAUUUUGGGUGAUGUUGAGGAGACUGUGACAACAAUAGAAAUGGAUGAAGAAACCUAUGAAGAGAUUUAUAAAUCUACCAAAAGGAAUAUUCCGAUGCUGUUUGUCCGAGGAGAUGGAGUUGUACUUGUAGCUCCUCCACUGUGGGUUGGCUGA